UCUAUCCACGCGCAAGACGUUUGCUCCGCGGAAUGUGUAAUUUUUUGGUGCAUAUCAAAUCUUUCAAAAUUCUUAAAAUACCUUAAUAUUCUCGUUUGUUGAGUCGACGUGUGACGUUACAGUGACUACUGUGAAGAAAGAAUCACAUUUCAAGUAAAAAUUGAGGUGCCCGGGUGAUGGGCCCGCGCUGAUCAAUCAUCAUGAUGAAGCGUACAGGCGUACCCCGGCUCGGUCCCGACGAGCCUGCGCCGUUGCCCCCCCAGCCUCCAACUCAGAUACAGCAAGCUGGAGCUAGCAAUAUGCAUACAUUGGCCCAAUCGGCCCAACCUUCAAUUAUUGGUGCAACAGCGAUGUUGUCAGUGGGCGGGUUCGGUCGGUCUGCGCCCCGCCCUGCCGGCCCGCCCGUGCUGCCGGGCUACAUGAAGCCGGCCGUGCAGUACGCCGCGCCCAAGCAGCCGCCCCAAGUGCAGCCACGGCUCAAGCAGUUGUUCGAGCAGCCGGCGAGCGUGCCGGCGGCGGCCGCGGGCGGUCGAGUGUCGCCCGGGGCGGCCCCCCCAGCGGCGCAGUUCCAGCGGCUGAAAGUGGAGGACGCGCUGUCCUACCUGGACCAGGUCAAGUUCAAGUUUAACACCCAGCCGCAGGUCUACAACGAUUUCCUGGACAUCAUGAAGGAGUUCAAGAGUCAGACCAUCGACACCCCAGGGGUCAUCACCAGGGUGUCCAAUCUAUUCAAAGGCCACCCCGAGCUGAUCGUCGGGUUCAAUACAUUCCUGCCGCCCGGGUAUAAGAUUGAGGUUCAAAGUAAUGGACAGGUGUCAGUGUCGAUGCCGUCCCCGACUGGGCUGGGGUCCGGCGGGGUCCUGCUGGGAGUCCACCAUCCGCAGCCACAGCCGCAGCUGGUGCAUCUGCUGCCCGUACCACAGCCUGUGAACAGCCCAAUUGUUCACAACUUGACCGUGACCGCACCACCUGCCAAUACACUCCAUCAGAUCUCACAGGCGCACCAGCAAAUUGAAGCGGCAGCCAUCCACCAUCCACCUGGUACAGUGCAACCGCCGGCAGGAAGCGGUCCACAUCCGCCAGCGGCGCCUCCAGGGCAGCCAGUGGAGUUCAAUCAUGCUAUUGAAUAUGUUAAUAAGAUUAAGUCGCGGUUCUCGCGUCAACCGGACAAGUACAAGAGGUUCCUGGAGAUAUUACACGCGUACCAGCGUGGUCAUCGUGAUGUGAAGGAGCCUCAGGCGAAACAGCAGACGGAGCAAGAGGUUUACUCGCAGGUGGCGAAGUUGUUUGAGAACCAAGACGAUCUGCUGGCAGAGUUUGGUCAGUUCCUGCCUGAUGCGAAGGCGGUGACUAAACCUCAUUAUCCGCCGCACGCGAGGACUCCACCAUUGCUGCCGCCGCCUCCACAACGUGCGGAGAGCGAAGUGGAACGGUUUGUGACUGCUCAGCCGCCGUCACCACCGCCGCAUGCCCACCUCUCGCAGCAGAUACCCAAGCACACAAGUGCGGUGUCCAGCAACGUGGUGACACCGCCCACGCAGCAUCAUCAUCUGAAGAGAUCACCCAGUUUCACAUCGUCCAGUCAGAUACCAUCCGGCCCACCUGCCAAGAAGAGUCGCAUAUCGUCAGGCGGCGUGAUGGGCCCCGCGACGGCGGCGGCGGCGGGCGGGCCCCCGCCGGGCCCCGGGGGGGUCGCGGGCGGCGCGGCGGGGGGUCGCGACGUGUCGCUGGCGGAGGCCUCCAAGCUGGCCACGCUGCACGAGUUCAACUUCUUCGAUCGGGCGAGGAAAGCGCUUCGCUCGCAGCGUGUCUACGAUAACUUCCUCAGAUGCCUCCUACUCUUCACAAAUGAGAUAAUCUCAUCCUCGGAGCUGCUGUGCGUGACGAACCCGUUCCUCCGCCGGCACCCCGAGCUACAGAAGUGGCUCCAGGACUUCGUGGGGCUGUCAUCGCCUCCACAUACACCUACUAACACUGGAAUUCAUGUUGGUUACGGCAGCAACCCAUCGGGUCUGCUGAGCUACGGGCGUGGGUCGCUGACGGGCGCGCCGGGCGGAGCCCCCGGAGCCCCCGGAGCCCCCGGAGCCCCCGACAAGCUGCGGCUGGAGCCCAUCGGGCCGCUCGGGGCGCAGCUGCGGCACGACCGCCCCCAGGGAGACGCCGCCAUGGAUAUCGAUCUGUCGACGUGCAAGCGUCUAGGCACCUCGUACUGCGCACUACCGAGAGAUGCAGCCGCCCGGCGCUGCUCUGGACGCACCGCGCUCUGCAAAGAGGUAUUGAAUGAUACAUGGGUGUCAUUCCCGACGUGGAGUGAGGAUUCCACAUUCGUGACGUCGAGGAAGACGCAGUACGAAGAGUAUAUAUACCGCUGUGAAGAUGAGAGGUUUGAGCUGGACGUGGUGAUCGAGACGAACGCAUCCACCAUCCGCGUGCUCGAGGGUGUCCAGAAGAAGCUCUCCCGCAUGAGCCCCGAGGACGCGGCCAAGUACCGCCUGGACGACUGCCUCGGUGGUCACUCGCCCACCAUCCACCAGCGCGCGCUGCGCAGGAUCUACGGUGACAAGGUGGCGGUGGACAUCAUCGCUGGACUCAAGAAGAAUCCAGUAGUGGCCGUGCCGGUCGUCCUGAGACGGCUGAAGGCCAAGGAAGAAGAGUGGAGAGAAGCGCAGAAGGGCUUCAACAAACAAUGGCGUGAGCAAAACGAGAAGUACUACCUGAAGUCGUUAGAUCACCAGGGUAUCAAUUUCAAGCAGAACGAUCUGAAGGCCAUGCGCUCCAAGUCUUUGUUCAACGAGGUGGAAAGCGCGUACGCAGCCAGGAGGCCUGGUCCUCAUCUAGAGGUGGACUACAAUAUGCAGAGCCGGCAAGAAGCAAUAAAAAUAGUACGGGAUACAGCAGAGCUGCUGAUCCAUCACGCCAGGCGGCAGACGGCGAUCCAGAAGGCGGAGAAGCGACGCAUCAAGCAGUUGCUGAGGAGGUUCCUGCCAGACCUGUUCUCGCACCCCAGGCAACCGCUGUCUGAUGAUGAGAGAGAUGAAGAAGACAAGGACGAGCCAGGGAGCCCAGAUAGUCCGUCCGGUGAUCAGGCGCCACAGGACGAGAAGGGCGUAUCUAACGUGAAAAAUGAAAAGCAAGAGUCGUCGGAGUCAGACAACGCAUCGGAUAAGAGUAGCAGGAACAACAAGAAUGAUAAGGAGAACAAACCUAAGAAUAACAAUAAUACAGACAGUAAAGACACCAACGCGCCGAAUAGUGUGAAACGGAACAGCAGCAACGAGGACUCGGUGAAGUUGGACAUCAAAAUGGAACAGGACGAGGACGAUUACAGAGAUCAUCCGUCUAAUGAGGCCCGGUUCGUGUGCACGGCGCCGUGGUACCUGUUCCUGAGGCUGCACGCGGCCGUGUGCCAGCGGCUGGCGGGCGCGAGGCGGGCCGCCGCGCUGCUGGCCCGCCAGCACGCCGCCGACGGACGCGCCGCGCGCCCGGCCGUCGCACACGCGCUCCGCCUCAAGCCCAACAAUCUGCCAGCUGAUGCGUCAUCACCAUCAGAAUAUUACAACGCUCUGCUGGAGCUGGUGAAGGGAGUCCUCGACGGGAACAUUGACUCCGCGGCAUAUGAGGACGCUGCCAGGGAGAUGCUGGGCAUCAAAGCUUACCCGGCGUACACGCUCGACAAACUCGUCUCCAUAGCCGUCAGACAGUUGCAGCAGUGCGCGUCUGAGCCGUGGUCGGUGCGGGCCGCAGAGCUGUGUGCGCGCGGAGGAAUGAGAGGAGCCAGUGCCGGGUACAUGCGGCGAGCUGCAGGCUACCUCCGGGGAGCACACGCAGCCUUCAUAGUGAGAGUGUACGGCGGCGACGAGUGUAAGGUGACUUUUGAGUUGCUGGAAGGCACCGGCGAAGGUCGCAGUUCACCGCACAACAACGACAACAGCCGCCUCUCGCCGACCAAUCAGUGUCGAGGGUCGUCUCUAUCGACGGGCAACGGUUCGGCGGCGCUGUGCGUGUCGGCGGUGGAGCGGCUGGCCGCGUGGUCGCUGUACACGGAGCGAUACGCCCGGCCGGAUGGUCCGCCGGCGGCGCGCCCUCACAAGCCCGUGUUCCUGCGGCGGACGGCGCGCGCGCUGGCCGGGCCCGAGCCGCCCAGGAACGCGGCCCAGCACCACGCCGGACAGCUCGGACACCACGCCGGACAGCUCGGACACCACCCCGGACAGCUCGGACACCACGUGCAGCACGCGCGCGCGCGCAGGAAGCCGCCGCGGCUCAGCGACGCCUCGGAGUGCACCAUCAUGAACAACACGCUCAGGCUGCUGACGUCACGUCCGCUGCAGCUGUACCGCGCGGGAGCCCUGUCGGCGGCCCGGUCGGCCUCCGCCGCCCGGAGCGCGACCCGCAGGCGAGACCGCUUCCACGCGUGGCUGGCGGCGCACUGCCGCCCUGAUUGAACCGAGCCUAUCCGUCAGGGUUGCCAAUCUAAAUAUAUGUCCUCCUACUAACGUGGACGGCAGGGUUGUCGCACCUAUCCGAGCCGCGGAGCGGGUGAGACGUGGCAGUAAAGUUACAGGGUAUUGGAAUAUAAUACGACCCAUAGCACAAGCUCUGCUUACUAGGGACUACUUGUGAGGCAAGAUGGCGCUGUGUUUACAUAAAAUAAACUCAGCUUACCGUGGGACUAGAUAGCGCCAUGUUUAUUGUCCAGGGUUACUUAUUAUUGAAAUAUAUGAUUUAUUAAUCAGGAGCGGCGUGAUGUGUCCAGUUCUAUUUGUGAUAUGCAUUGUUAGCGUCAGGUUUUCUUACUCAGGAAUGCAGUGAUGUGAUAUUUAUGCUAUUUAUGAGUAUAGGCAUUAGUAACGUCAAGUUUGACUUAAAUAAGAGAAAACGAGGCAUAGAAAUCUUUUAUAUUUCAUACUGUUGUUACUUAGCAACAAGGCAGGUCGACAGCUUGCAAUUAAAGUUAAAUAAGGAAAGAUGAGACGCAAUAAUUUCUUUUUUCUCUUAUCUAUCUACGUUUCCUUUAUAAGCAAAAUGCACUAAAAUCUCUUAUAUACACUCCCAUUAUACAUUUUAAUAAAUGU